AUGAUUCUGAUAGUUUCAAGAAGCAGCAGAAGGUCUGCUAGAAGUUUACUUAGACGAAGCGUACCCGAGCUAAAAUGUGGUAUAACUAGAAAUUUACAUGUGUCGUUAUCACUCCUUCAACAGAAACGUCCAAAUGACUGGCGUGAUAUGAACAAACCCUGGAAAAAGAUUGAUUACGACAUGGGAAUGAAAAGAAAAAUGGACAUUUCAUAUAAACCUUCCAAAAUUCUCCAUGUAUCCAGCGAUCCGUUUAAUAUAGAGUACCUCCAUCGAGAGGAAAUUGUGUUUAAAUUUAUGUUGGAGGAAUUUGAAGAAAAAUGUGAAGAGUUCAACCUGAUUAAAGAUGUUAAUACCUUAUAUCCUGAUUUGGUUGACAUUCUCAUCAAGGAUAUCAAAGAAAAGUUUGAGGUAAAGUAUAAAGAUUUGAAUGGGUUAACCAAUAAUGAAAUUCUAACUAUGGUUGCAACCUAUUAUGAGUUACUGAAUCAAAACCUUGUUUGGGAUGAAUUGGAAUUUGAUAAUUCGAAGGUUCAAGAGUUAUUUUUGGCCUACAAAGAGUCAGAUGGUGAAGCCAGUGCCAAUGCUCUAGCAGAUAGACUUGGAUUGGAUGCACGACCAGUCAAAGGUUGGGUUGGUAUUUUUGAAACUCUCCAAUCCGUGUCAUUUGCUGUUGAUGGUGUGAAAUCCUUCCCUCUUUGUCCUCCAGAAUAUAAAUUUCUCAUGGAUUUGAAGCAGCUUAGGGAUAAGUUGGGUGAAGCAAGAAAAUCUCCUCAACCAGACCCAUUUGGUGGAUUUUUUUCAGCAAAGAAGGGUGAAGAUUCAAAGGAUUCAAAGGAAUCAAAGGACAAGAAUAAAAAAGACAUUAACCUUACCCUUGAAUUGUCACCAAAGCUUAUCAUACAGUAUACUAUAUUAUUUGCUGCUCUUACCUUACUUUUCACUACUUCUGGUUCUAGUGAUGCCAAUGAAAUCACUUUCCAAACUUUUGUUACUGAUUAUUUGACCAAGAACUUGGUUAAAAAGGUCACUGUUGUGAACAAUUCGGUAGUUGAAAUUGAAUUAAAUGAUAAUGGAAUGCAACAAACACAUCAACAACAAUUGUAUUUUACUAUUGGUUCUGUUGAAUCUUUUGAACGUAACUUACGUGAAGCCCAAGAUAAGUAUGACAUUCCUCCGCAAUUGCGUGUUCCUGUCCAUUACACCACCAAGGGGAACAUGACCAGAGUUUUGAUCAACUUUUUGCCAACUAUAUUGUUCUUGGGUGCUAUUUAUUGGAUGACUAAGAAAGCUGCCUCCUCUAUGGGUGGUAUGGGUCCAAUGGGAUUUGGUAAAUCUACUGCCAAGAAAUUCAAUCAAGAAACCGAUAUCAAGAUCAAAUUCAAAGAUGUUGCUGGUAUGGAAGAAGCCAAACAAGAAGUUAUGGAAUUUGUUAAAUUCUUACAAAAACCCGAAAAAUACGAGAAAUUGGGGGCCAAAAUCCCAAGAGGAGCUAUUUUAUCCGGUCCACCAGGUACUGGUAAAACCUUGUUGGCUAAGGCAACUGCUGGUGAAGCUGGUGUUCCAUUCUAUUCUGUCUCCGGUUCUGAAUUUGUUGAAAUGUUCGUUGGUGUAGGUGCCUCAAGAGUUCGUGAUUUGUUUAAGACUGCUAGAGAAAAUGCUCCUUCGAUUGUUUUCGUUGAUGAAAUUGAUGCUAUUGGUAAACAACGUUCUAAAGGAAAUGCAACUGGUGCUAAUGAUGAACGUGAAACCACCUUGAAUCAAUUGUUAGUUGAAAUGGAUGGGUUUGAUACUACUGACCACGUCGUUGUGUUAGCAGGUACCAAUAGACCUGAUAUUUUGGACAAGGCAUUAAUGAGACCUGGUCGUUUUGACAGACAUGUCCACAUUGAUAAUCCAGAAUUGCACGGCAGAAAAGAAAUUUUUGAGGUUCACUUGAAAAAGAUUACUUUGCAAAAGGACAUUGACCCUGAUUUAUCUGGUAGAUUGGCUGCAUUGACUCCUGGAUUCUCUGGUGCUGAUAUUGCAAAUGUUUGUAAUGAAGCUGCGUUGAUUGCUGCUAGAUUCAAUGCCGAAUCAGUUAGUUUAAGACAUUUUGAAUUGGCCAUUGAAAGAGUGAUCGGAGGUGUCGAAAAGAAAUCUAAAUUGUUGAGUCCUGAAGAGCAAAGGGUUGUUGCUUAUCAUGAAGCUGGUCAUGCUAUCUGUGGUUGGUACUUGGAAUAUGCUGAUCCAUUGUUGAAAGUGUCAAUUAUUCCAAGAGGAAGAGGAGCGCUUGGAUACGCCCAGUACCUUCCAGCUGAUCGCUAUUUAUUGUCGACUGAACAAUUAAUGCAUAAACUUAUUACCCUUUUGGGAGGUAGAUGCAGUGAAUUUCUUUUCAAGAAUCAACAAGGAAAUGUUACAAGUGGAGCUAGUGAUGACUUUAAGAAAGUCACUCAAAUUGCCCAGGCGAUGGUGCGUCAUUACGGUAUGACAAAGAAAUUGGGUACCUUAUUUUUAGAUAAUGAUGGAAAUGACCUUACUAAACCAUUCAGCGAUGAAACUAAUAGGAUUAUAGAUGAAGAAGUUCAAAGAAUUGUCGAUGAAUGUUACCAAAGUUGUUUAGAAUUGUUAACAGAGAAAUCGAAGGAGGUUGAAUUGGUUGCCCAAGAAUUAUUAAAGAAGGAAUACAUUACCAGGGAAGAUAUGAUUAGAUUGUUAGGAAAGAGACCAUUCCCAGAAACCAACGAUGUCUUUGAUAAAUAUUUAGAUGGUAAACCAGCAUUUGGUAAAUAA